AUGUUUCUUGCGGGUAAACGAAACCCACUUAUGCUCCACUUGCUAGUAACAGAAGCGGAUGGAGUCUAUAUAUCUGCUCGGCCGUUAUUUGUAUCAACGUGGAGUGACUGGGAUCUUCGAGCUUUUGCUGAUGCGUCUCUCCAUGACGUUGAAAGAUGCGUAGAGUUUAUUCGUGAAUUUGAUCCUUUGAGUAUAUAUCCGCCUGGAGGACUGCAAUUCUCUACGCUUUGGAGCAGGGGUGUUGAACUUGAUAUGAAAGAGUGGUCGAUCACUUUUAAAGAUUAUCCUAUUCCUUACCUGCUUACUAAAAACGUGCACUUUUUCGGCAGUUUGGUGGGUGCGGAGGAGUUUGAAGAACGAGGUCGGUCUAUUCGCGAAUGUCAAAUACCUCUACCGAAACCAUGGGAAUCGCUCACUGUAGAACGUAAUAUGGCGCCAUUAAAAUUCUACUACGAUAUGCAGUGUGAAAGUUCUGAUUUCUCGGCUACCUACGGUCCAUGCUGGGAACCGUGCUUAUCGAUGAUCAGCUUAAUGUGGAAUAAUAUUAAUGCGCCAUCGAGAGAUCCCUCUAUCCCAUUACCAUUUUGGGACAAAUUGCGUUUUCUAUUGCAUGGACGUUUCUCGUGGCUCAGUUCUAAGGUUGUUACAACAAUGUUGGCCUCUCCGGAUCCGUAUAAUACGACCGAGACAGUGGAAAUCUGUUGGGAUGAGUUUGGUUUGGAUUGGGGGCUAGGUGAAGUACGAAUUUGCUCUGCUUUACGUGUUUUCAUGCGAACAGCGUCACGGUACGACGAUUCGCGAAUUCUUUUCUUACCAGACCUUCGACUUCGUAUUAUUUUAGACUGGAUUUGUAGCGGUGAUCCACAUGACCAUCAUGCUGUGACAAUUUGUGCACCGCACCGUCUACCCCAUUAUUCAAUGGACCAUGACUCAUAUCGUGCAUUCCGUUCGUCAUCAUUGGAUCUCUCGUUGUCAUUCGAUGUGGCGGCUGGUGCUGGAAACGGAGAGACCGGUGAUCGUCUUCCGCAUGUUCUUCUAUAUGCAAAUACUUUUCGUUGUAUUGAGUUUCUUCUUGUACACGUCUACAGCAAUGGACACGUACCAUCUGCUGAUGGUAUUUCAAGCGAUGAGGAAACGUUUCUUCUUGGCUUAAAUCGUGUUUCAUACGUCAGAGAGAAUAAUCGUGGCAACGAAUCGGCACAGCACAGACUAACUGUACAUGAUUUGAAGGCAUCAUGGACAGCACAAAAUCGCGAUUCUUGCAUUACAAUUGCUGAUGGUGUUCAUAGAGCUCAUAUGCUUCGCCGAAUCCUCAGUAAUGAUGCUCUUAAGAUUCUUAAGCUGCAUAUGGAAGAGGAAGGCCACGUAUCAGUUUCUACAGAUACAGCAGCAGUUGGUAAUUCUAGCCCUAAAAACGACAGUAGUCAUCGUCGUGGUUUCAGUAUGUCGGAUCAGAAUCAGUCGUUGCUUAACCAGCUUAUUGGGGAAGCAAGUCAACCACUUAUUUUAUACGUUUGCGUUGCAGUCGAUUUACUGAACAGUCAAGUUGUGCUGAAGGGAUGUGAACGUGCUGGAUUCGUUUUGCUUACGGCUGCUCGCGCUAGUGUUACCCAAAAGGUCCAUCGUUGUGUUUGGCGAAAUGGGCAACUGUUGGGAAAGAAAUCGUGGUCUUCUGUCAUAUCUGGAAUGCAAUACUUCGCACCGGUAUCUAUUCCCAUUGGACGGAAUUUUGAGUCGUCAUUUAGAUGGCUUUCAAGAGAGGUUAUUGAAGAGAAAACUCCUUCCGGUGCAAUAGGAGAUCCGUAUUUGCAUCCUUACAUAGGUGCCGGUGAAGCUGUUGGUGGAGUGGUGGAUGUAGAAGAGUCGACAGACAAGAUUCAACUCCAGCGAAUUGUUUCCAGAUGUAGUUGUGAGAUAUAUUUUUGCUACUUUUCUGAAGAACUGAAGACUGAUACACUGGAAGAGAGUGGUGUACCGAAGGUAGAACAAGAAACGGCCAUUGGUGGAGAGGAAACCGGUGUUGAUUGUUUCACGUUGAAGCAUAAUAUGUUAGAGGCUGUUAGUAAUUCAGAUCAGUAUGAAAUGAUGGUUGAUAUCGUCAACAACCUCGUUCUGUUUGUUCAUCCGAAGAAAAAAGAACUAGCUGAGCGUCGGAGAAAAUUACAGUUUGCUUGCAAAAUGGCUGAUAUGAAUGAGAUGCGAGAAAAGAUUGUGGAGCAACAGUCUGAUUUACGCGAUAUUGUUUCUGUUGUCCGAUCACUCGAACGCCAACUGUUUUACUUGGAUACUCAAUCGGAUGGAAACAUUGAUGAGCAGAAAAGACGCGAAAUCGUUGAAGAAAUGGAGGAGAACAAAACCAAGCAGCUGGAGGUUUCUGAGAAACUGGCCAUAUAUAUCAGUUGCUACAAACAGCGUCAAGUGGAGGCGGCACGUGCAACUGUCUGUAGCAAACUCGAAGAAGAAGAUAUCUUAGCAGCUGUCGCUAGACGGUUUGAGGUUUGCUUUGAAGAUUGCAUUUGGAAGUUGACAGAGUGUGAUGGUCAAAUCGCUAUAGCACAAAUUCAGAUCAGGAAUUUCUUGUUAGUUUAUGUUAACAUUCUGUCUAUGAGGUUUCAGAUCGGGACUAUUCGUGUAACGAAUCUACUGCCAGACACCAUCUAUAGAGAUACACUGCAUCGUGAUGAGCGAGUUCAAUCCCGACAGCCUUCUAUCAGACUAAUGGUUCGCGAUAUGGCACCAGUUGGUGGCAUAUGCGUAAAAGAACUAUUUGAAGUGAAUAUCGCUCCGAUGGUAGCUCAACUAACAUAUCGUUUUUUCGAAAAAAUCAUGCUUUUCUUCUUUCCUGGUCGCAACAUCCACAAAGAGGACAAUUUGGAUUCUGUCGAAGAAGGAACUCCGAAGUUCUCUCUCACUCGUCGCAUUGCCGGUACGCUUAGUAUGCGAAGUAACAAGCCAGUACAAGUUGAGCGGAAAUCCAGCAACAACAACAGCAAGCAUGUGUCCGGUAAACAAACUACUUAUGUGGAACUUACUGAUUUUGACAAAAUGAGAGAACGAGCUGACAACAAUAACUUCUUUCUGUACAUUAAAAUCCCGGAGGUUCCAUUCGUAGUAUCUUAUAAGGGUAGCAAAGACAAGAACAUUGAAGACGUCGAUCGAUUCAGUUUCCUGUUUCCUUUAUGUGAAUUUCACGAAAGGAACUGGACAUGGCUUGAUGUUGCACUUGCAGUUAAGCAACGUUGUAAGCGUGUACUGCUACAACAGGUAGAGUUUAUGAGACAAAAACUGUUGCGAAAUCGUUUGACGGGCGGACCGGAAACGGUAGAAGGCAUCAGUGAGGAAGAUAAAAAAAGGAUUGCUCUAGGUCGGGAAAUCAACAUGUUGAACGACUUAGCUCCAGAGUUGAGCAGACGGAAACGAGCGGCUUGGGAAGCUUUCAAGGCCAUUAAGGAUGUAGUGAAGAGAACAAAGAACACCCGACUCCGUGCCCACCUUUUCGACUCAACAGUACUUUGUGCCCUAACGUAUGCGUCAGAAACCUGGUCGCUGCGUAAGCAGGAUGAAAAGUCACUCAGCAUUAUCGAACGCGUAGUCGAAAUGACGAUGCAAGAAGAAUCCCGUUCCACACAAGUAAGGGAUGAGAUCCGAAACACCGAUCUGCGUCAACGAUCAAAAAUCAAAGAUACCGUUCUGUACGCGAAACAGUCGAAGAUAAGGUGGGCUGGGCACGUAAUGCGUAUUAAUGGAAACAGAUAG